AUGUCCAACGUCAACGUGAACUUCUUCGGUGGACAUGCCAAUCAUUUCCCUAUCAAGAUAUCAAGUCACACGUCCGAAGAAUCCUUUGAGAUUGUCUGCAGGCAUGAAAAGAACAGCAUAGCCAAGGAAAGCUCCAUCAGCAUAGCCAAGGAAAGCUCCAUCCCCUUCUUGAACAUCUCGAUCGGAACUCCUCCAUCCUCCUCCUCCCCAUCCUCCAAGGAGAAUGAUAACAGUCCGGGCAAGCAUCUCGACCCCCUGCUGAAAAACUUGACCGACUCAAACAUCAUGGAGGAUGUGAAGCUGUGGACAAAGCCGCUCACUGACUCCCUUUCAGAGGCGACAGAGAGCAUGCACUCUUCCUGGAUCAAGAUCACCUCUCCUAACUCGCUCGUGAAGGUGGCAGAACCGAGGAGGAGCAUGGUCGAGCUCGAGACGUACACGACCGAAGCCUCGUCGCCCUUGUCAGACUAUCUGCUGUCCCCGCAGGGAGGGGCCGUGGGGCUGAAGAACCUGGGCAACACCUGCUUCCUCAACGCUGUCGUGCAGUGUCUCGCUCACGUGCUUCCCUUCGUGGAGGAUAUGCUCUUCAACCUCGAGCAGCCUGAGCGAGCACAAGAAGACGAAGGUGGACAGGGAAGUGCGUCGGACAAUCAAGAGCUGGUGGCCUCCUUCAAGGUGCUUCUUGGCCAUGUCUGGAGCGGCAGCCGGCGCGACUUCCUCGAGCCCGGGACCCUCCUCAAGGUGCUGAAGAGCGACAAGCGCAGCGCUGUCCUGUUCAACCACAAGCAGCAGGACGCGCACGAGUGCCUGUGCAUCCUCUUGGACGUGCUGCACCAGGACACCAACGGCCUUCUGCAUGGGGAGGAAGGAGGCAGACACCAUCCUCUCAGACCUUCGUUGGAAGCGCAGGCGGAGGCCGCACAUGAGGAAUGGGUUGACGUGACGCACGAGCAAGCUUCGUCGCCGGACAAGUCGCCGCGAGAGGAGGAAAGCCUGACGCAGAUUCACUCGGUAGUGAGCAAGCACAUGGGGGGGAGGUACACGAGCGAAGUUCGAUGCAUGUCAUGUGGGUUUUCCACUAAGAUCACUCUUGAGGAAUGCAUGCAGCUGCUGGAGACGGAGGAGACUGGGCUGCCAUGGACGUGCGAGCGAUGCAAGGCGAGGAAUGCAUCGAAGAGGCUGCACGUAGCUUCCUUCCCUUCGGUCCUCGUGCUUCACCUGGAGCGGUUUGGAUUCCGUGGCGGGCAGGACGGUAGUGCUGCGAUCUUUCACCUCCUCGCAUGGACGGAGCAUCUUGGAGCUGAGGAGAGCUCAGGGCACUACGUUGCCUGUGCUGUACAUCCCGACGGCGUCUUCCGCAGGUAA